AUGGGUGGUUUGUUAGAUGACGCUCCACAUACGGAUGAUGAUUGUGAUAAUAAAACUGAUGAUAAUAGUGACGAUAGCGAUUGUGAUAAUAGUGAUGGUGGUGGUGAUGAAAGAGGAGUGAGUCCGGAGUACCCAGAAGUAAGAUUUUCAGGUUCACAAUUUGAAGAUAACCAUUUACAAAGAAACUGGAUUAUUCCUGGUGUAGAAAAUUAUGCAAUUGAGAAAACAAGACCCGAAGUGUCGAUUCCAUACCAAGGUGAUCUUUUACACAUGGGUGCACUCUUCAAAAGUAAACAGGAACUAAUUUUGGCAUUUGGACAAUAUUGUGUUGAUGUGAAGAUGGACUACCAAGUCAGACGUUUGUGCACAAUUCGAUUUGAGGCUGGUUGCAAGGAUGUGAACUGCAAAUUUAUGCUUUAUGCAAGAUGCAGACCUGGUUAUUCAUUUUGGCAUGUGGUGAAAUUUAUGCCGAGUCACACGUGUACUUCGGAUGUCUACGAUUCACAUUUUCGAAGUGUGAAGAAUAUUGUCAUCGAAAGUUUGUUCUUUGAAAGAGUGGCGGGUAGUGAAUAUACACCUAGAAUACUAAUGGGGGAGUUGCUGGAGCAACAUGGUGUGCAGAUCAUGUACACUAAAGUUUGGAGGUCUUUACAACAUGCAAAGAGACUUACUUAUGGUAAUGCAGAUGAAUCAUAUCGGCAACUACCCUCAUAUUUUCACAUGUUAAAAGAAAUAAAUCCUGGCAGUAUCACGGCAAUAGAGACAAAUGAAAAUAAUUGUUUUUUAUAUUCAUUUUUUGCACUCGGAGCUUGCCUUCAUGGUUUCCGGUCUUACAUAAAAUCGGUUGUUACCGUUGAUGCCACACAUUUGAAAGGUGAACACAAAAGGGUGAUAUUCGUUGCCACUUGCAAAGAUGGGGAGGAAAUGAUUUAUCCCAUCGCUUUUGGAUUUGGAGAUGGUGAGUCUGACAGAUCAUGGAUAUGGUUUUUGACGAAAUUGAGAAAAGCUAUUGGAGUGCGAGAAGAUUUAGUCAUUGUUUCUGAUCGUCACCAAAGCAUUGCAAAUGCGAUGAGUCAUGUCUUCCCUUUUGUCCCACAUGUCUUUUGUUUCUUCCACCUUAAGCAAAACUUGAAGAAACGUUGUAGACAACAAAAAGAUGUGAUGACUACAUUCUACCUUGCAGCAUACAACUACACCACAAUAGAGUGUAAUACAUACUUGGCAUAA